AUGGGCGGGACUUUGGGGACUGGAAAGUAUUGAAUGCACAUGUUUACCAUCGCUCGCUGCUACAGUGGCACAACCAGGGAGGAGAGUGAGCGGCUACAGUACAGAUCUCUAGAGUAGCCUAAGGAAACUUUCAGGAAGACCUGUUUAGGCACUGUCUACAGCUGGCCUUCCAGAAAUCAUUGAAUCUUUACCUUUGACUACGAUGGUGGAGUCAAGUGAUAGUUUGGAGCCAGACUUGACUGGAUAACUUUCAUGUCAUCUCACUUUGAUGACCCUGAAGACUGUAUGCAAGGAUUCUAGAAGAAGCAUGUGGAUCAGGAUAUCUGAAAUACCAAGUAUUAGUGCAGUGGUCUGCUCUAAUGCAGGAUCAGUGUGUCAGUUAUGACCACAGAGUGCUGACAACAGGACUGGGACUACUAUCAUAAGGACACAAUCACCAGUUUGUACAUCACUGAUUAUCUCAGGGUUUCACAAAUGUUGUAAAGCCCUCAUAACAAAAGCCAGGGAAUUCUCUGACGUGUAGUCAGCAAACUGGAUUUUAUCAAGAUCAGAGGCACUAACUCUCCUUGUGACGUCAGAGACAUUUCGUAAGAUGACGACAGGCACCCUGCUGGACUAUCCAACCACAGAGUCUCCCUUCAGCAGUCCUCCAGUCGCCAUGCCAGCUCUAAGCCGGGCUCCGACGCAAGGGCCACCCCACCUUUGGCCCCCUCUGGACUUUGUGCUGGGCGCACUGGCCUGCUGUGGAGCCUGCGUGUUCACGAACCCCCUGGAGGUGGUGAAGACACGCCUGCAGCUGCAGGGCGAGCUGAGGGCCCGCGGCUCCUACCAGAGGCACUACCGGGGCGUCCUGCAGGCUCUGUGGGUGGUGGGCCGCAACGAUGGUCUCCGUGGCCUUCAGAAGGGCCUGAGCGCCGGUUUACUCUACCAGGGCUUCAUGAAUGGCGUGCGACUGGGCUUCUACUCCUACAGCGAGGCGGCUGGGCUCACCCAAGCCCCAGGAGGGAACAUCAUGGCUGGAGCCGUUGCGGGAGCCCUGGGGGCCUUCGUGGCAUCACCAGCCUACCUGGUCAAGACACAUCUUCAAGCCCAAACAGUGGAGACUAUUGCUGUGGGUCAUCAACAUAACCACCAGGGAGUGUCAAGUGCCUUUGCUUCCAUCUACCGUCGUGAGGGGCUGGUGGGACUGUGGAGAGGGGUGAACGGAGCUGUGCCCAGGGUCAUGGUGGGCUCAGCUGCCCAGCUUGCAACCUUCAGCUCGGCCAAGGAGUGGGUCUCUCACACAGAGUGGUUUCAUCCAAACAGCUGGCUGGUUGCCUUGACCGCUGCUAUGCUAAGUGGUCUUGCGGUGACCAUCACGAUGACCCCAUUUGAUGUGAUUAGCACAAGACUUUACAACCAACCUGUGGAUGAGUUUCGAAGGGGCCAGCUGUACCGGGGCUUCCUGGACUGCAUGCUGAAGGUGAUGAAGGCCGAGGGCCCGCUGGGCCUGUAUAAGGGCAUCGGGCCGGUGUUCCUGCGCCUGGCCCCCCACACGGUGCUCAGCAUGCUGCUGUGGGACGUGAUGAGGCAGAGGGCGCUCCAGUACCAGUUGGACUCCCUGUGAAGAGCUGUUGAAAGAGAGUCAUGCCGGGGUGGGGUGGGGGGGGUUGUCAGGAACCACGCUCGCUUGUCUAGGUGCCGAGGUUAUGGCAGCGCAGCUGCGCCUUAGUCUGAGCACUCCAGUUAAAGACACUCUCAGGGAGAAUGUGUUACAGGAUCACGCUGAGAAAGGGAAGGGAAACUUUUCUUGGGGCCAUUUAAUUUAGCCUCAUGUUCAUUUGGUAGGUCUCUCAGGAUUUCCUUGUAUCAUUUUGUCUUUUAAGCAGUACAUACUGAAUCACAGGGUGCUACAUCUCCAUGUUUUAGUGAACAUACUGAUAAUUACCUCUGAAUACGUCUUGGACUAAUAAUAAAGCUAUAAUGAACACAACUCAUCAUAAAACGGAUGCAAUCCUCCUCUCUGUGCCUGACCUUAGAAUGAGUACACUGUCAUGUAACAGGCUAAUAUGAUGUAUGCUCUCCCUGAAGAUAAAGAUGUGCUAUAUUCAUUAGUAAAAUGGAGAAAAUGAUAUGCCGAUAUGCUUUAUGUAUUGAAUGAAAAAUGUAAAUACUAAUUAUCUAUAAAUGUUGAUAUGUUAAUCACUAUGUAUCCCCCUUAAUAAAGAUUUUG